AUGGCGGGAUUGGCUGGUCACGAAGCUGAGCGGGAGCCUGAGGCACAGCAGGAGAUGCAGCAAGGCUCUGAUGCCACCUUCUACGUUCAUCAUCUCAGCUCCUGGCACCACCACCCAACGUCCUCCGGGGUCAGGCUCCAGCCCAUGAGCAUCCUGACUCCCAGGAGCAAAGGACUGCUGACCCCCUGGCUCCCGGGCCACUGCUCAGAUGUACCACUGCCCUGCGCCGUCUUCCCACGCGCUUCGGCCUCUCCCCACAGCAUGCCCAUCUGCCCUCAGAUUUUCUUUCCCUACACUGCUAGCACUCUUCAGGUAGCCAUAGAUCUGCCAGCCUGUGCCCACUUGUGUCCAUCAACUGAGGGGAAAGUCGGAGGGGAGUCAGGCGGUCCCCAGCCCUCAGAACCUGGCAUGGAAGAAGGCACGGAACUCAAGGAUCCUGCACUGGCAUUCGGGCGCCGCCGGCUGCGGGAAGGCGAGGCGCUCGCCGUGUCGGCCAUGGGCAACUUCCAGCUGGAAGACUUUGUGGCAGGCUGGAUCGGAGGUGAGUGGGUGAGUGUGCUUGCGAAAGACCCUCCGCACACGGGGCGAACUGCCCAGCGGCGCUGGCUGUUUGCACCCAGGGCGCUCAGUGUAGCCAGUGUCAUUGUUGGCUACCCUCUGGACACAGUCAAGACUCGCCUGCAGGCUGGUGUCGGCUAUGCGAACACAUUCAACUGCAUCCGCAUGGUGUACAGGAGGGAGAGCGUGUUCGGCUUCUUCAAGGGCAUGUCCUUCCCCCUGGCCAGCGUUGCCAUCUAUAACUCCGUGGUGUUCGGGGUCUUCAGCAACACCCAACGGUUCCUCAGCCAGUACCGCUGUGGGGAACUCGAAGAUGGCCUUGGCCGAAGUCUGCCUGAUCUACUCCUGGCUAGCAUGGUGACCGGCGUGGUCUCUGCUGGUCUGGGCGGGCCUGUGGAACUCAUCAAGAUCCGACUGCAGAUGCAGACACAGCCAUUUGAGGAAGCCAGCCAUGGAUUGAAGCCCAGAGCAGUGGCAGCAUACCAGGGACCAGUGCACUGCAUUGCAACCAUUGUGCGGAUGGAGGGCCUGACAGGGCUGUACCGGGGGGCCAGCGCCAUGCUGCUGAGGGACAUCCCGGGAUACUGCUGCUACUUUAUUCCCUAUGUGCUCCUGAGCGAGCAGAUCACACCUGAGGCCUGCCCAGGGUCCAGCCCCUAUGCAGUGUGUCUGGCAGGGGGCAUUGCAGGGGCAAUUUCCUGGGGGACAGCCACUCCAAUGGAUGUCGUGAAAAGUCGAAUCCAGGCCGACGGGGUCUAUUUAAACAAAUACAGAGGAGUCUUGGACUGCAUCUCCCAGAGUUACCAGCAAGAAGGCUUUAAGGUGUUUUUUAGGGGCAUCACUGUGAAUGCUGUGCGCGGCUUCCCCAUGAGCGCGGCCAUGUUCCUUGGGUAUGAGCUCUCCCUGAAGGCGCUCCGGGGCGACCACACCGGGAGAAGCAAAUGACAGGGGAAUAUAGAAACUACAGAAAGAACAAAGUAAGAAUCCUGCGUUCACCAUAAGGUCCAACUGUACUCGGAAACCCAGAGCCAACUUUGCACAGCGCUGUCCUGCCUAAUAGCCUGGAACCACACCCAUGUCACGUGGUUUAAAUCUUCACUUACAGAACGGCUUCUGAACCAAGGCCUCAGUUCCUGGAGUGUCUGGGCACUUGUCCUAGCUGUCACACUAGGCCACUCUUGGCCACCCACCCUGAGGACUGGCUCCUUAAGGAGGCUGGUGGAAGUUUCUAGAGAGCCAACUCCUGGCAUUUGAGAGCAGUGGUAGUGGAGCCAGCUGGAAGCUUUUCUUUCUGAAUGUCGUCUUCUUUGCA